AUGUCUCCCCUCGAAUACUUCCUCAUCGCAGGCGCCACAGGCCGUCAGGGCGGUGCAACAGUAGAUGCCCUCCUCAACCAUCCUGAUAUCAAUAUCAACCCCAAGCAAGUAUACGCUCUCACCCGCCAAGCAUAUGGCUCAGGAGCUGUUAAGCUUCGCGCAAAGUACGGCGAUAUCAAUAUAAUCGCCGGUGACUUGAACGAUCCUGAAGCCAUCUUCCAGCAGCUCGACAAGUCCAUUCUUCCCAUGACUGGGAUCUACCUCGCUCAAGCCCACGGGCCAACAGAAGUCUCUGACGCAAAGGGUUUCAUCGAUUCUGCCGCUAGUAAUCGAGUUCCUUACUUUGUCUACUCGUCUGUCGACCGUGGUGGUCAUGAACUCAGUGACAAGGAUCCUUCGUACUGCAAGACCUUCUCUGACAAGUUCCUCAUCGAAAAGCAUCUCAUAGACGUAUGCUCCAGCAACAAAAUGGACUACACCAUCAUCCGUCCAACCUGGUUCGCUGAUAACGCCUGGUGGGGGUUCCCAGGCGCACUUUGCAUGACAGGCUGGAAGGUGAACAUGGCCGGAAAGAAGAUGCAGGUCACCGUGACCAAGGAUAUCGGCAGAUGGGCUGUUGAGGCUCUUCUCCAGCCUGACAAGCGUAGUAUUCGGAAUGAGGCUCUGAGCAUUGCUAGCGAAGAGCUCAGUUUCAAAGAGGUUGAUGACAUCUUUAUCAAAUACACCGGCAAAGGCGUGCCGGUCACCUACAGUCUUUUGACCCGCCUUCUGAUCUGGCUGAGUAAGGACUUGAACACCAUGUUUGGGUUUAUUGGGGAGAGGGCUUACGGUGCUGAUAUACCCUGGUUGAGGUCUCAGUUGAAGCCGACCACUUUUGAGGAGUAUGUCAAGAGUGAUGUUCCGACGGCAGGAAAGGUUUAG